GGGCCACAGGAAGGGAUGGCAGGGGGGCAACACCAUGCCAGAGGCUGUCCCUUAGGCGCUGACCCCCCCUUGUGCUGCUCACAUCUCCCUCCUGCCUCCAUUUCCUUCCCAGUUGGGCCCCCAGCCUUGCUGCCUCUCUACUUCCAGUGGUAUAUUUUCUAUUUUGUUAUCCAGCGGAAGAAGUGGGUGGACUUGGCCUGGAUGAUGACCUUCUAUGCUCGCAUCUUCCUCACUUACGUGCCGUUUUUGGGACUGAAAGGCGUCCUGGGCCUUUUCUUCAUGGUCAGGUUCCUGGAAAGCAUCUGGUUUGUAUGGGUAACACAGAUGAACCAUAUCCCCAUGCACAUUGAUUACGACCGGAAUAUGGACUGGGUCUCCACCCAGCUCCGGGCAACAUGCAACGUCCACAGGUCUGCCUUCAACGACUGGUUCAGUGGACAUCUCAACUUCCAGAUUGAGCACCAUCUUUUCCCCACAAUGCCUCGACACAAUUACCAUAAAGUGGCUCCCCUGGUGCAGUCCCUGUGUGCCAAGCAUGGCAUAGAGUACCAGUCCAAGCCCCUGCUCUCAGCCUUCGCCGACAUUAUCUACUCACUGAAGGAGUCUGGGCAGCUCUGGCUAGAUGCCUAUCUUCACCAGUAACAACAGCCCCCACCCCCAUCUGUAAGAGAUGCCUAUCUUCACCUAUAACACCAGCCUGAAAAAAAAUAAUAAUAAAAAAAAUAAAAACAAACAAACAAAAAAACCAAAAACAAACAAACAAAACAAAACAAAACAAAACACACCAGCCUGUCUGGAAGAGGCGUUUCGGGCACCAAAACAGAGGGUAGUUUGAAGGACAAUGCCACUGCAAUUCUAAUACUCAGAGGUGGGGGUGGGUUUGAGGAGGUAAUAGCUCAACUCAAACCCUUCCCCUUUAUCUUCUAGGCACAGAUCUAAGACCCAAGGGGCUAGGGGGACACACAGCCCCCUAGAGGGGGAGGGAUGGAACUACUGGGGCAGAGAUGUGCGAGUUUAGUUUCCUUUUUCUAGUUUGGCAGAUGCAGAUGGUUGGUGAGGAAAGGGAGGGGAUCUACCCAGCCCAAAAAUCAGUAAGAGAUUUAGCAUUAAAAUUCCAGCCAGGAAAGGGGUGAGCCCAUCUCACUGGUGUGCUUCUCAGUGCCUUCUACACCCUCCACUAUCUGAGGAGAUAAGAGUGGCUGAACCUUCUGAGUAAGAUUUCUAUCCUCUUUGAAGCCUGGCAUAGUACACUGCCUGGGAGGCUCAGCUCACUCUAGGGCUAGGUGGGACCUAGGUCUGCCUCUAGCUCCUGGAGAAGCAAUUUUCCCACUUCUAGUAGCAGUUAGAGUAAAGCCAGGAUUGCAGUGCUAGAGACCUCUGACUUUGAAGGAUCUUGGCACUACCGAUUUUGAACUUAUGUUCCAUCCAGGGCACCGAGAGAGCAUUUAGGUCCUAGGUCUUGCAAAAAUAGCAAGAAGAGUGCCUGGCUUUGGGUCACCUCUUGUAAGCACCACCCAAGGAAUAAGACAUUCGUAGGAUGAGGAGUCCACUUCUUGAUCCAUAAGUGAACAGAUGGGCUAACUUCAUCUCUUCCCUAGAAAAAAAAGGGGGUUCCCAGUGGUUUCCCUUUGUCAUCUUCCCUGUACUUCCAAGUUUAACAAAGUAGUUAGUUGGCACAAGUGACCAUGUUGGGAGACCCUGAAUUACCAGUCAUGAGGAAAACAAAUUUAAUUCCUAAAGACUAUAGGGGUUGUUAAGAGAUUUUCUACAACCUAAAUUAUUUUAGGUAUUACUUCUGAGUAGGAACAGUGAAUUAAAUAUAAUCACUUCACAGUUCUAAACCAGAGAUAGGAAGAUAAAAACAGAAGUUUGUGAACUAUCAACUCUGUUCAAGCAUCUUCUCGGCUGGACACCAGGUAGGAAUUUAGAAUAAUCUCUUUAAAAAGCCUAUCAGUCUAGUACUGAAAUACAGUUUUUAAAAAAUUUCCAGGGUUUUAAGCCCUCCCAUGCAGGUGAGGGAGCUAUUUCCCUGUUCAUCAGCAUCUACUGUAAGAAUAUUGAGCAUUUUGGAUACAGAGAGGAGAAAACUCAAACCUAGAAGGCAGAAAAGAGAGCCGUAGAAGAGUCCAUAUUUAGUUUUAGGAGAGAAUAAAGGUCCUCUGAAAACAAGUUGUGAUGGGGUCAGAGGUACCACCCGUGGAAAGGCUGUUGGGAUAACUUACAGAUUUGUCAGAACAAAGAUUAAAGGGAUGACAAACAGGGGCAGGACCGGUUACGAAAGAGUUCAGAUCUCCAUUUGGGCAGAACAUGGUUUGAAACAAAUUAGGAGUGGAAUUGGAAAGUUCUAUUUUCAUUGGCUUCCUCACCCCGGAACAGGUGCUGACCUGCCCCAACCCCUAUCCCCCGCUACCUAAGGUUUAGGGGUCACCAGCCUGUAAAGCCAGUAAGGCUCACUGAGCCAAGUCCAGGCCCUCAAAGUACUUUAACCACUGUGGCCUUCUCUCCUUCACCUAGACCAGAGUGGUCUCACAUGGCCACAGAGGGAUGCACCAAUGAUGUAAAAGGCUGAGACUGUUUUAACAGUCAGGGCAGUGAUCUCAAAUCCAGGCCGUUAUGUGAGAAAACAGGCUUACGGAGGACAGGUCACAGAGUGUGGCAAAGCUUACAUUUCAACCCAGUGUUGUAGAAUUCCAACCUACAUGUCUAUCUUUGUUACUUUCGUCUUCGCGCCCCUUUACCAAAAGCAUUUUCUUUAAUUAUGCCCUACAUCUGUAUCCUUUCUGGGUGUGCCAGUUUUGUUACCACAUCCAGAUGAGGUAAAGCUGAAAAAUAAAGUUAAUUUUGACCAAA